UCAAAAUAUUUUUCCUUCAAUUUAAACAAGCAUGGAUUACUCUGACCUUAGGCGUCAGGCUGCCUACAUGAAGAAGAGUUUAUUUGAUCAGGGAUACUUGGAUGAACAAUUUUAUCAGCUGGAAGAUUUGCAGGAUGAUGUUAGCCCAAAUUUUGUAGAGGAAGUAGUCACUUUGUUUUUCAAGGACUCAUCUAGGCUUCUUAGCAACAUCGAGCAAGCUCUGGAAAAGAAUUCACCAGAUUUUCAGAAGCUGGACUCUCUUACGCAUCAGUUAAAAGGAAGCACUUCCAGCAUCGGAGCUCUUAAGGUGAAGAAUGAAUGCACAUUGCUAAGAGAAUACUGCAACAAAGAAAAUCUGGACGGCUGCUUUAGGACAUUCCAGAAAGUGAAGAGGGAGCAUGCUAUUCUUAGGCAGAAGCUGGAGGCAUAUUUCCAGCUGCUGCGACAAAUUGGGCCAGCUGAAGGCGCUAGCCGACCUGUCAUUUAAGGAGUCCAAGUUUUCUUGUUCUCACUUCAAUGAUAAAAAGCAAUGUUAUUGCAGAAUUAUGCAUAUAGACUUUGUAACGCAGCUGAAAAGCUUAUAUAUGUAGCCUAUCGGUGUCUGAAUUACUAUCUUUAAUCAUCAGAAGUUUCUAAUGCUAGUAAUCUACUAAAAUUUCAUGGUUGCAAUGACAUCUAUUUAUUUCAAUACAUUGUAUAUGUAUGCGGUUAUCAAAACUCUGUUCAUUACCGGAGCAUAACUAAAUCUUUAAAAAAGCCCCUCUCUUGCUCGUAAGUAGCGUGUAGUUCCCUUGUUCAAUUAGGAUUGCUCUUGCAAUGGCAAUCCGCUGCUUUCGGCCUCCUGAUAGCUGCAGCACUCUCCCACCACAAUGUGUGCCAUAUCCCUCUCUUAAUGCACUUAAACAACCUAUAUCAAUAAGUUAUUACUGUCUCUGAUUAUUAAGAAUUUGCCUUUUUCUUAUAUAAUAUAAGUUAGGAAGAUCAUAUGACAUGAAAUCAUGUGCAUUUGCUCCUCUUGCGGCCUCCACGAUCUCAUCCUCACUAGCGUCAGGCUUUCCAAAGCUGAUAUUGUCUCGGAUGCUACCUCAAAAUAUAACAGGUUUGCAAAGAGCUGAACAGAGAAGAAACAGCUAAUGGAACAUUUGGCUUUACCUGAGCAGAAGAAUACACUUGCAGAAAAUCUGUAUUGUCCAGCGGUAGGAGAAAAGCAUAGUAAAAGCAGUAAAAGCUGUCCCAUUACACAGUGACUAGAGUCUAUAUAAAGAAGUGUAGAGGGUAGGGUGAGUGCAUACAGUCACUCUUGACUUUACAGGUAAGGUAAAGUAAGAUAUUUCGCUAGCCUAUACAUAGGUUAGGUUGUAAAAUAUUUUAGGCCACAUAGCUCAUCUUAGCCUGUUG